ACUCAGAGAUAAUAUAUAAUGCAUACUAACAUACAGUGAAUAACAUUGGACAAAUUUGUUUCUAGAGAGAUAUUGAUCAACAUAGACAUGUUUGAUUAACCUUUAAACUUUGAACUCCUGACAAACGUAAUUUUUUUUUAUAAAACGUGUGAGUGCAAUCGUGAAGCAUCAGGCUCUUGUCGAUGUACAUGAAAUUUAAAGCAAGACCGAUCCUUCAUUUCAGUGAACAACUACAGCGCAGUCAGGUUUAGUCUAAUAUUGAUUCAAGUAUCAAGUCAUGCUGCCGGUAAAACAUGUUUAAUUAUUUUUAUAAUACGAUAGAACCUUGUCCAUCUGCGUGAGUUAAGGAGGAGAACAUAUUUAUAUACACAGUUAUUUGUAUCAUACGAUAAAACCGUGUCCAUUCUUGUGAGUUCAGGAGGAGAACAUAUUUAUGUAAAUAGUUAUUUGCAUCACUGCCAUCAUACGAUAAAACCUUGUCCAUCUGUGCGAGUACAAGAUGAGUUGCACGUCCCUCCAUCACAUCGAGAUGUGUCUGGCGGAUUCGUCGCAAGCUCAACGUCUGUUCGUUGACGGCUUAGGAUUUAGAAAACUAGCGACCAGAACUACAGCAACUUGCCAUCAAACUGUCUUAGUCCAACACAACACAGUGCUGGUGCUGACUCAACGAAUCUCUGAUCACCAGCACGCUAAUCACAAUUUACAUCAUUCGGAUAGACACUGCAACGGUUUCCUUGAUAAGAUCUCAAAUGGAUGUGGAGGUAAUGGUGAGGUAACUCAGGUUUCUGAUGGCUUUGGCGUUGACCAUCGAGAUCUGGUGACUACCAACGAUGAAAAGACAGAGAAACCACCUCUCAGAAGCAUUAAUUUAUCACAGAAUUAUACGAACGAUGUAAAGGUUGUGAUUAAUAACGUCAAUGCUAACAAAAUAUCUUCAGACUCGUGCAAUAACUUUGGUUUAGAAUAUCAAGCCGAAGAAGAUUUUACGGUCUUCUGCUGUCAAGAAGAAAGAUGCCAUACAAUCGAUUCGGUUUUCAACGUGGCGGUCGUUGUAAAGGAAGUUGAAGAUAUCACAAGAAGAGCCGAGAAAAUGGGAAGUCAAGUGAUCAAACAACCUACUGUGAUAUCAGACCAGCAUGGCGAACUCAAAUACUCUAUCAUUGCCACGGGUUUCGGAAAUUGUGUUCACACUCUCAUUGACAAGUCCAGGUACAGCGGCAGCUUCCUUCCCGGCUACACACUGUGUGAACCUGAGGUCAACGGGACGUCAGCCUCACCAAAUCAGGAUGCAGGUUGUCCUCUCACCACCCACGUGGACCACGUGGCCUACAUCUGCGAUGAGGGCCAGAGUCCCGAGCUGCUGCGUUGGUACGAACAAGUCUUCGGCAUGAAGCGCUUCAUCAUCAACAGGGACGAGUGUCCCGACGAAGGCCUGCGUAUCGGGGAGGGCGUGGGGCUGCGGCUGCGGGCGCUCGAGUAUUGGAGGUGCCACGAGACGGGGCUGUCCUGCCCCAGCGGGAGGGGCGACACCUCCCUUAAGAUGGUCAUUGGGGAGCCCAUCACUGCGAUAAAGGACAACCACGUGAGCGCGUUCCUCCGCCACCACCGCGGCCCUGGCCUGCAGCACGUGGCGCUGCAUGCGCCGCGUAUGGCGCGCGCCGUGGCGCACAUGGCGCAGCGCGGCGUGCGCUUCAGGAAGCCGCCGCCAGAGUACUACAAACAUGGAGGCAAGAUGGCGGACAUGCAGCAGGUAGGACUGGGCGAGGAGGCCGCCGCUCUGCAGGACGCUGGAGUCCUGCUCGACACCGANGAGUCUUGUAAUCAUAAUGGAGGAGGCAAGAUGGCGGACAUGCAGCAGGUAGGACUGGGCGAGGAGGCCGCCGCUCUGCAGGACGCUGGAGUCCUGCUCGACACCGAGGCCGAUCCUGCAGAUCCUGGAGAAGGACUACAACGUGAUAGGUAUCUUCUCCAGAUUUUCUCUGAGCCCAUCUUCGGCCGCAACACGUUCUUCCUGGAGCUGGUGCACCGCAUGGGCGCUCAGGGCUUCGGCGUGGGCAACAUAACGGCCCUCGCCCGCUCCAUAAUACUGCACCAGCAACACAAACAGCAACAACAACAACAACACAAAAGAACCACCAACAAAGGCAACAACACUAGGUACAAUAUGAACAGCAGUAGUACCAGCGGAAACAACUGCAGCAACAUCAACAACAGCACCAGCAGCAGUUAG